UUUUAGAUUUAUUUUGAAAACCAAACUACAUAUAAUCAAAAUAUUAAGUUUUGUGUGGAGGACAAUUAUUGUAUUGUAUUUAUUUCAAUACCUUUGUCCUUUAUAAUAAACACAUGAUACAUUGACCAAUCUAGUUGGUCACAUGACAUCCAUCAAGCAUGUAGUCAAACAUCAUGUGUUAUGUGUUUUGUAAACAGUUUAAAGGGUGGUGCAAGUCCUUUACAAAAACAGAAGUGUAUCUAACCAUAGCUCAAGGUCUCCUCCUUGCAGGGUACAUUGCAUUCCUAACUUUCCUGAUUUUACACUUAAUUGCUUGCCAUAAGAAGGAAUUACAGCAAUAUUCUGUACCAAUCAAUGUUACUAAUAAAACAACAGAGUCAACAGCAAAAAUUCAAACUACUACGACAAUAUUACCAAGAUAUACAUUGCCACAAAAUGUACAAUGCACUUGGGAUCCUUCAUACAAAACUGAAGCUGUUACACAUUAUUACUAUACAAAACAUGAAAAAUUUGAAACAGAUUACAAAAAAUUGGCAUUAGGUAAUACAACUAAAGGGAGAGACAUAAAAAAAGACAAUGCAUUUGUAACAGAAAGUGAUGGUGUUACAGAAGUGAAAAGGAAAAAUUUUGUCCUGGCUUUGGUGAAGAUAAAACCUCCUCAGGAUGUUGUAUUUGGUUGUAUUCUUACUGUAGUCAAUCAAUUUUGGACAAUCACUGCAGCAAGUUGCAUAGAAUCAAUUGAAGAGGUGGAUUCCCUUGACUCUUUUGUGAUGAUGGAGAAGUUUGGAGAGAGGCAUGGGCCAAUUCAUGCGGUGUCUGAUGUGAUGAUCCACCCACUGUACCAGGGGACCAACAAGAGUUACGAUUUGGCAACCUUAAAGUCGGAAGAUAGAUUGAAUGCUGGUAAUGUUGCAACACUGGCAAGCAUACUUGAUAAUUUGCUGAUCACUUUAGGAGAAAACUUGGAUAUUCUGGGUUUUGGAAAGUUUAGGAGUAUAGACAAACACCCACUAUCGCGUACAGUGCACAGCGUAACCGUGAACAUUUUGCCUCUCAAACAGUGCGAGGCUGGAGAAGAGAGCUGGGCGCUGCGGCACCUGGUCCCGGAGGGGGAAGUGCUAAGGGAGGGGUGCGGGGUGACCCAGCUAUGUGCAGGUGUGCUAACGGGGAGGACAACCCCCUGCAACUACUGUGCGGGAACCCCCUUGCUCAGGGGUCGGGUGGUACUGGGCGUCAUGAGCGAUAACCAACACUGCGGGCUGGCGUGUGAACCGAAUUUGUAUGUUAAUGUAGCGGAGCUCAGAGAUUGGAUUGAUUCUGUUGUUAAAGUGGAUUGAGGAUGGAAAUACAAUACUUUUGUACGA